AUGGUCCUCCCGGGGUGCCAGGACACCGGCACCGCGAUCGUCAUGGGCAAGCGCGGCGUCCGCGUGAUGACGCGCGGCGACGAUGAGGCGCAUCUCAGCAGGGGCGUCUACGACGUCUACGUGAGCCGGAAUCUGAGGUACUCUCAAGUCGCGCCCGUCUCCAUGUACGAAGAGAAGAACACCGGGAGCAACCUCCCGGCGCAGAUCGACCUGAUCGCGACGGACGGGGACGAGUACCACUUCCAGUUCAUGGCGAAAGGCGGCGGCAGCGCGAACAAGACGUUCCUGUACCAAGAGACCAAGGCGCUCCUGAACGAGACGCGAAUGAUGGAGUUUCUAGAGGAGAAGAUCAAGACGUUGGGAACCGCGGCGUGCCCGCCGUAUCAUCUCGCGCUCGUCGUCGGCGGCCUCAGCGCGGAGCAGUGCCUGAAGACGGUGAAGCUGGCGAGCGCGAGGUACUACGACAACUUGCACGCGGAGGGGAACGCGCACGGGCGGGCGUUUCGGGACGCGGAGUUGGAGAAGAAGGUUCACGCGUUGACUCAGCGAAUGGGCAUCGGCGCGCAGUUCGGCGGGAAAUACUUCGUCCACGACGUGCGCGUGAUUCGCCUCCCGCGGCACGGCGCGUCGUGCCCCGUCGGCCUGGGCGUCUCGUGCAGCGCGGACCGGCAGGUCCUCGGGAAGAUCACGAGAGACGGCGUCUUCCUGGAACAGCUCGAGACGGAUCCGUCCAAGUACCUCCCCGACGUCACGGAGUCGCACCUCGACGCGGAGACGCCCGUUGUGAAGAUCGAUCUCAACGCGCCGAUGGCGUCGAUUCGCGAGACCUUGAGCGCGUGCUCCGUGUCCACGCGUCUGUCGUUGACCGGCCCGCUGAUCGUCGCGAGGGACAUCGCGCACGCGAAGAUUAAGGAGAAACUCGACGCCGGCGAGGAGAUGCCGGCGUACAUGAAGAACCACGCGGUGUAUUACGCGGGGCCGGCGAAAACCCCGGAAUUUAUGGCGUCCGGGUCGUUCGGGCCGACGACCGCCGGAAGGAUGGACUCGUACGUGGAAACGUUCCAAGCGAACGGCGGGUCUCUGGUCAUGCUCGCGAAAGGGAACAGAAGCGCGCAAGUCACGCGCGCGUGUAAGAAGCACGGAGGAUUUUAUCUCGGCAGCAUCGGCGGCCCCGCCGCGAUCUUAGCGCAGAAUAACAUAAAGAAGGUGGAGGUUUUGGAGUACCCCGAGCUCGGGAUGGAGGCGGUGUGGAAGAUUGAGGUCGAGGACUUUCCCGCGUUCGUCAUCGUCGACGACAAAGGGAACGAUUUCUUCAAGAAGUGGCAGAGUUGAAGUAAAAAGGUUCGAUCUAAACU